ACUUAUAAGUUAUUCAAAACAACAUGAACUUCGCGGCAGCACGAGAAAAAGCUUUAGCUACUGUGAACAAACACCAAAAUAUCAUCGAAAAAGUCAAAUCACGAAAGCAAAGAAAUAGUUCGAAAGUGGUGAAUCUAAAUAUUGAUACAAAACUUCCAAACUUAGAAGAAAAUUAUACUCAAGAUAAUAUUGAUCAAUAUAUAAAUGUUCUACGGAAAACUAAUAGAGUUAUAGCAGAAGUCCUUCUUCCUCAAAGAUUAAUUGAAAAAGCUAAGUCCAAAGACAUAGCAAAGUCAAAAAAUAUUAACUCUAUAAAAGAAAGGCUUUUGGUGCAUAACAAACAGAAAAAAUCCAGUUUGAAGCAAAAAAUCAAAGAAAUGAGAAGACAAGAGGUAUUUCCAUUGCCCAAGUCUUAUAUGAAUUAUCAGAAAAGAAAUGGUAUUUUAAAAAAGAAUUCAAUAAAAAUAAACAUUGAAAAGAUUCUGAAGAAAAAUAUUAAAAAUUUAAGCAAAAUGCAUCGUUUGCUAGGAUUUCAUAGUGUAAGCAAUGCGAAGUUACUUCUUAGUCGCAGAAAAAUAAUAGAAAGCAGUAGUGAUGUCCAUUUGUUAUUCAAUCAAAAACCACAAAUAUUAACAUUGUCUGAUGGAGUUAUUCAUAAAAAUUAUUCAAGUAACAAACUCAGUUCGGAGAUGCUAAAAAGACUGACAAAAAGGAAGAAAAAGCCUCACAAAAAAUAUACUGAACUUUUACAAGUUACAAACAAUUCAACAAAACAAACAACAACAGCAAUACAGAAGUUAAAAGCAGAAAAGUUAGCUGCAUUUAUUAAUGAGGCUAACUUUGAAAAGACUCCGAAGGAAAAAAGUGUCGUUGAAGCUGAAGAUAAAGUUGGAUCAACAAGUCCGAGUGUAAAGGAGCUUAACAAUACGCCGAUUGUAUUUGUCACUGGAAAUACGAAUGAGAUGACAAUUUCAAAAGAGAAAUAUCAAGAAAUAAUUGAAAGUUUUAAUGCUUUUCGUGAGAUUUCUGAGAAUUCUGCAUUAGGAGCUUCAAAUGUAGGAAUAGCUGAAGAAACUUUACUUGAUGAAAGUGCAACAGAUGAAAUAAAUGAAGCAGUGGAAGAAGAAAUUUAUGAAGAUGAAUCAGAACUUCCAAUUAAACCUAUCAAUAAAAAACCAUCAAAAACUAAAGUGACAAAAGAAAAAUCUCGAUUCAAAGGAAAAUAUUUUGAAAGUUUUGAAAAGGAACGCGCAGCGAAACAAAAAUAUUUAACUUACUCAUUAAAAGCUUAUCUUGAAUGUUGUGUCAACAUUGGAAUGAUAAAUCGCGCAUAUUAUUCAAUCAUUAAUCACAGAUAUAAGUCGAGUCAUUCGAAUAACUCAUCAUCAAAUCAUGCAAUUAAAUUGACUGAUGUUUGUCUUUACAACACUCUAAUUCAUGGCUAUGCCGAACGAGAAAAUUUACAAAAAGUUCAGGAACUUAUGAACAUUAUCAAAGAAGACAAAAUUCAACCAAAUGCACAAACAUUUGCAAACUUUCUAGAAUGUCUUGGACGAAUAUUAAUUAAUCAACGAUCUAUGGAGAAAUAUCAUCUUAAUGCAGAUGAUCUUAUAAAGUUAGUGAAUCAAACACUUGAUGAAGCGUCACAUCAUAAUCUAUCUGCCAAUGAUUUAAUUGACAAAUCUUUUUUCCUUCAAAAUCAUCGUGAAUUUGUUAUUUCUGCUAUUCAGCUUGUAAUCAAAGAUUUCCAGCCACUUUACACACCGCCAGAUCUUCUCUAUCACAACAAAAUGCUAGAUAAUCUUAAUCAAAACGUUCAAGAUGUCACCGUUAAUCCUCUCAAUCAUCUCGAUGAGAAAGUUUCGGGAUCAGAAAUUAUGAACAGCAAAAUUGGCUUUGACAGACAAGAACUUGAAACAUUAGGACGUGAACAACUUGAAGCUGAACUCACUGGAUAUGUUACAAUAAAAUCCAUUGAAAAAUUUCCUGAACCAACGUCAACUGUUCUUGCUUAUCGAGAAAAGAUUGCACAGUUGAAGACCUCAUGGCGUGAUGUCAUCACAAUGGCUUUCAAUCGUGAUUUAAAUGCUUUGAAGCAUCAAGAAUUUGCUAAAUCUCGCGGAGGUCAAAAUCUUUUUCCUUAUUUAAAAUCAAUUGAACUUGAUGAAUUUAUUGAGAUCCUUUUCAAAGAAAUUGAAAUGUUGGCGCAAGGUUCUGAAACUUACAGUCCAACAGUGAUGUGCCUUUAUAAGAAUCUUGGAGCAAAUGUUCAAACACGUUAUCAAAUGGAUUUGAAGAAACGAAAUGGAUUGUUACAAAAAACUGGCGAAAUUUACGGCAGCUUUUGUGACAUUUUAUCAUCUGGUAAUUUUAGUGACAAUUCAAGACAAUGCUGGCAACGUCUUAUUUAUCAAAAUGCAAAUGAUGGUCCAAGUUUAAACUUUACAGAAAGUUCUUGGCCACUUGCAGCUCAAAUUGGUAUUGGACGUUUUCUCUACAAUAUUUUAAUGCGCGAUCUUAAAAUUGAUUUAAACAUCAUUCGGAUGACGAAGAGCAAACAGAAGAAUGAAAAUUUAUCGCCAGCAUUUUUCUCGUUGUUUAGAAAUCAAGGAUAUCGAAUGAAAGAAGAAAUUAAGCCACAUCCGGUGUUAGUGAAGCUAUUUCGUGGAUCACAACGAGAAACUUUAACAUUUCCCGUUAAUCAAGUGCCGAUGGUGUGUCCACCACAACCUUGGACGACAGAUAAGAAUGGCGGUUAUCUUCUAGCUAAAUCCGAUCUCAUCCGUCUUCCACAAUCAGCACGACAACAAAUUGAAAAGAUUGAAGGUAUGCCAUUGUGUGAUUUAUAUCCAUCACUUGACUCUCUUAAUCAGUUGGCAAGCAUUCCUUGGACUGUUAAUAAAGACGUACUGGAUGUGAUUCUGAAAGUUUUUAAUGAUGGUGGUGAUGAUAAGCUUGAUGUUCCACCACUCCCAAGUUCUCUGCCACCACCAACAUCACCUGAAAGCACCAGCGAACUCACAAAAACACAAAAAUUUGAAUUCUUUCGACAAAAAUUAGUUCAUCGAAGGAAACAAGCGGAGAUGUACAGUUUAUGGUGUGACUCUUUAUAUCGCUUAUCACUUGCCAAUCAUUAUCGUGAUCGAGUGUUUUGGUUGCCACAUAAUAUGGAUUUUCGUGGUCGUGUUUAUCCAAUUCCACCUCAUUUGAAUCAUUUGAGUUCAGAUUUAGCUCGAUCUUUGUUGAUAUUUCAUCAGAAGAAGAAACUUGGAAUUGAUGGAUUUUCAUGGUUGAAACUUCAUUGCAUAAAUUUGACUGGGCUUAAGAAGCGCGACUCAGUUCGUGAGCGACUUCUUUAUGCUGAAGAAGUUAUGAAUGAAAUUCUCGAUUCAGCUGAUCAUCCUCUUGAUGGACAAAUGUGGUGGACGAAAAGUGACGAACCAUGGCAAACGCUUUCAUGUUGUAUGGAAAUUGCGAAGGUUUUAAGAUCAAAUGUUGAACCGGAGAAUUAUGAAAGUUCUUAUCCAAUUCAUCAAGAUGGAUCAUGUAAUGGUCUUCAACAUUAUGCAGCACUUGGACGUGAUUCAGAUGGAGCUUUUAGCGUGAAUUUAUCUCCAGCUAAUGUUCCACAAGAUGUUUACAGUGGCAUUGCACAGCUCGUUGAAAAAGCAAGACAAAAUGAUGAAAAUAAUGGAAUUGAAGUAGCAAAAAUUUUAAGAAACUUCGUGAAACGAAAAGUGAUUAAACAAACUGUGAUGACGACGGUUUAUGGUGUGACACGUUAUGGUGCAAAACUUCAAAUUGCGAAACAACUUAAAGACAUUGAAGACUUUCCGAAAGAGUGGGUUUGGUCAGCAGCAAAUUAUUUGACGAUCAAGACUUUUGAUUCACUUGGUGAAAUAUUUACAAGCACGAAAGAGAUUCAAGAUUGGUUGACGGAUUGUGCUCGAUUAAUAUCAACGGUUUGCGGGCAAAACGUUGAAUGGGUGACGCCACUUGGAUUGCCUGUCGUUCAACCUUACAGUCGUCAUGAUAAAGUCCCACAACUUACCAAAUCCGCGACUCUAAACACGAUAACUGUCGGCGAUUUAUUCACGAAGCCAAACAUCAUGAAACAAAGAAAUGCUUUUCCACCAAACUUCAUCCACUCACUCGAUUCCAGUCACAUGAUGUUGACGUCAUUAAAUUGUGAAAAGGCUGGUCUGACAUUUGUCUCAGUUCAUGAUUGCUUUUGGACUCAUGCUUGUACUGUUCCUGAGAUGAAUAAAAUUUGUCGCGAGCAGUUUGUCGAGCUUCAUAGUCAGCCGAUUCUCGAAGAUUUAUCGAAAUUUAUGGUUGCCAAAUAUAGUUUCCGGAGAAAAGAUUUACCGAAUGAUGGAUCAGUUAAUGACAUGGCAAAGAAGAAACUGAACAGAAUUCUCACCAUGGUGCCUCAGAAGGGUGACUUUGAUUUGAAGAAAGUGUUGGAAUCUGUUUAUUUCUUCAGUUAAACCUUCAUUAGUAGAUUUGUUUAUUUUGUUUUUCAUAAUGUUAUGGUAGUUUCUAGUCAUCAAUCCAAAAACGAACGAAUAAAAACAAUUCUUUGAAUUAAUUGACAUUUUAAUGUUA